UGAAGAAGAACUGAUAGAUGAUGUUUGCUGACUUGUUCUCUCUCAUCUCAAAUGCAAAUUGAGUUCUGCAUAUUGAGUGUGUUCAUAUUUUAUUUUUUGCUAAACAAACGAACACGUUGGUUCUGUCCCAAACUCCAAAAAGCAUGCAUCUCUUUCCACUUGGGAUUAUUUUCUCAAUCUACCUUGUUCAUCAUCUUGGAUUUAGAUUCACUGGUAACUACUCUUCCGACCCCCCUUGUUAUUUCGUUGAAGACAUAGCCAUUAAUUGCGGCUCCUCCGGCAACUCAUCUGCUUUUGAUGGCCGGGAAUGGGUCGGAGAUAAAUUGACUUCGUCACAACAACUAGAAGGCAAAACAGUGAGCUCAAAAACUGUCCACCAAUCACUUUUCAUCGAUCCUGUUCCAUACAUGACCGCUCGCCUCUCUCGUUCUCAAUUCACCUAUACAUUUCAACUAAGGUCGGGUCAAAAAUUCAUUCGCCUGCACUUCUAUCCAGUUUCUUACCGUGGUUUCGAAAGAUCCAAGGCGGUUUUCACUGUUAGAGCUGGUCGUUACACUCUCCUCAGCAACUUUAGUCCUUCCAUUUAUGCUGAUGCUUUGGGCGUAAAGUAUUUUGCUAAAGAAUUCUGUGUGAAUGUAGUAGAAAAUGGAGUGUUCAACAUCACAUUCUCUCCAUCUCAAAUUACUACUUCCAAAGAUGCAUAUUCUUUUAUCAAUGGAAUUGAGUUUGUUUCCAUGCCAGCUGGUCUUUAUUACACUCCAGAUGGUGGUUUGGGCGCUCGUGUGGUGGGCACUAGUUUCCGAUACUUUAUUGAUAACCGCACUGCACUGGAGAUGGUUCACCGGUUAAACGUGGGAGGGAGAUUCAUUUUGUCGGUAGAAGAUUUGGGCGGUAUGUUCCGCGCGUGGUCUGAGGACAAGAAUUACUUGUUACAAUCAGGUCUUUUACAAGUAAGUACAAGCAACGCAUACACAAACAUACCCACAUACACAGCACCACCUGAAGUUUAUCAAACAGCCUGGUCAAUCGGUUCAAACAAACAAUCUGGGAGCUUCACUUGGAAAUUACCCGUAAAUUUGGGAUUCAGGUAUUUGGUUAGGCUCCAUUUCUGUGAGCUUGAACCUGCAAUCGUUGACAGUGGCCAAAAACAGUUUGCUCUCUUAAUAAAUGGUCACAUGGUUGAAAGUGAUGCACUUGUAAUCAAUUGGAGCGGUAAUAGUGGGAUUGCUGCAAUAUAUAGGGACUAUAUGGCCUUAAUGGAAGGCAACAAGAUGGAAGGCAAGCGUGACAUAAUUAUAACUUUGCAGCCCAAGUAUGAGUCGAGCAGUAAAAAUGCUGACGGAAUCCUAAAAGGGAUUGAGAUAUUCAAGUUGAGCAACCCGGACAACAAUCUUGCAGAUUCCAACAAUAUUUCUACUGCACAUACUUCGACAUCUUGGACCACGAGUCUCCGAAAAUUACUAUCAGCUUUUGGCAGUAGAAAUGCGAUUGUAACAGGUAUGAUAGUUAUUCUUACUCUGUUAAAUGUCAUCAUUCACCAAUUGAUUAAUAUAUCUCCGGAACAAAACGCUGGAGAAAGAAACAUCUCACCAUCAUCAAUGGGCAUGGUGGAGGAGGAGGAUUUAUGCCGACGCUUUUCACUUGUUGAGAUCAAGUUGGCUACAAACAACUUUGAUGAUAAACUUGUCAUUGGGAGUGGUGGAUUUGGUAAAGUAUACAAAGGCCUGAUCUUUGGGACCACCGGUACUGUGGCCAUAAAACGUUUGAAUUUACAUUCCAAUCAAGGGGCUAACGAAUUUUGGACAGAGAUCAAGACCCUUUCAAAGCUCCGGCACAAUCAUCUUGUCUCUCUGAUUGGCUACUGUGACCAAAGUCCAGAGAUGAUCCUUGUCUACGACUACAUGGCCCUUGGAACGCUUGGUGAUCAUUUAUUCAAAAAUCAAAGGAAGGGUCCUAGUGAAUAUUCACCUCUCACUUGGGAGCAACGACUCAACAUCUGCAUUGGUGCGGCACAAGGGCUAGACUACCUACAUACAAGUAGGGGAGUUAUUCAUCGAGAUGUCAAGAGCUCAAACAUUUUGCUGGAUGAAAAUUUGGUAGCUAAGAUUUCAGAUUUUGGCCUGUCCAAAAUGGAUACUACAAGCCUAUUGCACACCCAUGUUAGCACCAACGUUAAAGGCACAUUCGGUUAUCUGGAUCCUGAGUAUUUCAUGACUCGUAGAUUGACGAAGAAAUCUGAUGUAUAUGCCUUUGGUGUGGUAUUGUUUGAAGUGUUAUGUGGAAGGCCGGCUGUGGAUGUCGAGCUUGAGGAGCAGCUGCAGCAUAGUUUAGCAUUGUGGGCCCAACACUCCUUCAGAGAGGGAACCCUUGAUCAGAUCAUUGACCCUAGUGUGAGGAUGCAGAUGCUGCCACAUUGUUUGAGGGAGUUUACCAAUAUUGCCAUCAAAUGUUUGCAUAAUAGUCCGAAUGAACGACCUACCAUGACUGAUGUGGUGGAGAGCCUCAAAUUUGCAAUGAUGCUAUGGCAAGGAGGGGCAGAUUCAUAUGCAGAGGAUGAGAUUGUUAGAGUCUCUGAAUCUUGCAAAGAUGAGCAAAUUGAUGGGAUUGUUUCAUUCGAUCCUAGUCCCCUAACAACCAAGGAAUCAGAAAUCAAAACAAAGAAGAAGGUAAAGAGUAGUACACCCAAAACAAGUAAAGACACUUACAUUGGGAAAAGAAAGAAUGACUAUGGUAACCGUGGACCGUCAUCGGGGUGGAGAGACAUGCUUUGGGGUAGAAGAGGUCAUCAAGGACGACAAAUGAUUUUCCUUUGACAGAGGUACCUUCUUCACAGCUAAAAGAUUAUUUAUCAAACAGAAACAAUAAAAGAUUAUUGAUGGUCUCAGGGGUUUGAAAUGAAGUCUCAUUUCAAGCCAACAAUGACCAUAAUUGUUCCAUUUCGACAAAUAGAACAAACUAGACCUCUUUGGGGUAGAAGAGGUCAUCAAGGACGACAAAUGAUUUUCCUUUGACAGAGGUACCUUCUUCACAGCUAAAGGAUUAUUUAUCAAACAGAAACAAUAAAAGAUUAUUGAUGGUCUCAGGGGUUUGAAAUGAAGUCUCAUUUCAAGCCAACAAUGACCAUAAUUGUUCCAUUUCGACAAAUAGAACAAACUAGUAGGCCUAAAUAUCGUUCACUUCUUACAGUGGGUGUACACAUCCAAUAAAUUUUUUUAUGUUUGAAAUUGAAAGAUGCAACCACCUCUAACUACAAGUUUCAUUAGCAAUUUAUGUUGAUUUUUAGAUUGAAAAAUUACAUAUUAAUCGAGUUUUGCAAUUUAAACACAAUAAAAUCCAAUAAAAAAAUUUAUUUGGACAACAAAAUCCUACAUUUGAAAUAUGUUUUCAAUAAAGUUCUAUAAAAAUUAGAAGAACAAUACUUAGGUCUCGCUAAUGUGGACCAAUAAUAGAUGGUUAAAUCACCAUCUCUGAUUUGGUAAAUGGGUAUUUACCCCAUUAUAUUGAAUUUGAUAAUAAAUAGAAUUUGUCAAUUCAAUUUAUUAUUAGUCCAAAUCAGCAGUGGUGUAGAUCCUCACUAGUAAGGACCAAAAUUGUAAUGUUUAUGAUUUAUUUUAUAUAUGUGUGUGUGUGUGUGUGUGUGUUAAAAGAAUUUUUUAUUUUAGCGGUAUGACCCACUCUUACUUUAAGUCAUUACAAUAACUAAUGGAUCAUUGCAGACCCAUUUUGCUUCUCUUUCUUCUCUUUACGAAAUCUCACUCUCUCAGCAUUUCAUUUUUUUCUUUUUUUUCCCUCCACAAUUUAGGCUUGAUCUAGCUUUAUCCCUUUGGAAUUUGUUAGAACCUUGUGAAGCAAAGUCAGAAAGCUCGUCGAGGCUGUCGAUUUGAUAGAAGCCAAGCACUAUUUAGCCCUACCCUUGGAUUUUGAAAUUAGGGCUUGAUUUUGAGAAUUUUAGGGCUUUUCUUCAAUUAAGAGGUUCAGGAAAAGAAGUCGCGGAUGACGUUCCACCGUAGGCCUAGUAUGAAUUAGAUGAUCAUUUUGUUAUUUUUGUAUCUAAGUCCCACUAUUUUUCUAAAACUUAACAUGUUGUAUUAUGUACUGAGACUUAUGAACUCUUGUUAUUGUAAUUAUAUUCAUGGGCUAUAACUUUAAGAUAACUUGUCUAAAAAUUGUAAGACAUGGACUUUUGAUCUUAGCCAUUUUUUUGGGGACUAUAAUUAUGAUAUUUGGAUUAAAUGGUA